AGGCACAAUCAGUAUAUCACUCCAUGUCAUGCAGUCCAUCGCGAAGUGCCAUUGCCAUGGCAAUAGGCCCGAGAGGGAGGGUUCACGACUGCUGACCGAACUGCCAAGGCCAACACCUUCGCCGUGCAUUUGUCGCAUCGAACAUCACCUCAUCGCCUGACCUUCAUUGAUUCUGGCGAAAUGACGCUUCCAGACACCGACAGAAUCAUUCUCUACGAUAUCCCCAGCAGCGUGCCAGGCGCAGCCUGGUCGGCCGGCCCUUGGAAAACGCGAUUCGCCCUCAACUACAAGGACAUCCCAUACCGUACGCAGUGGGUUGAGUAUCCGGACAUCGCACCCCUCCUCAGCGCUCUCGGAGUCAAGCCCAACCCAUCAUCCUCUUCGGGCCCGAUUCCAGUCCCAGCCUACACGCUCCCUGCGAUCUACGAUCCGCGCACGCAAAGAACGAUCAUGGACUCCUACCAAAUUGCCAUCUACCUCGACGAGACGUAUCCCGAAACGCCCGCGAUCCUCCCGCCCGAGACACGCGUCUUCCAGACCGCUUUCCAGCACGCACUCGGCAACGUGUUGCAUUACAAGGUCGUCCCUGUGUUCCUCCACCAGGUAUCGAAGGCACUGAACCCGCGGAGCCGGGAGUACUUCAUUGAGACGCGCGAGGGGUUUAUGGGACGCACGCUUGAGGAUCUCAGCCCGCCGCCCGGUUCGGCGGAGCACGCGGAACGGUGGGCGGAUAUCGAGAAGGCGUUCGGUGUUGUUACUUCGUGGAUCGAGUCGGCUGGCGAUGGAAGGCUGCUGCUGGGCGGCGGGGGUCCGGAUGGAGAGAACGGGAAGGUAACCCAUGCAGACACGGACCUCGCUGGCCUCUUGGUCAUGACGCGCCUGGUAUUCGGAGCGGACAGCCAGGAAUGGAAGCUCAUCGAGGGGUUCAAUGGUGGUCGUUGGAAGCGCUACGAUGCCUAUUUCAAGUUUGAGAGAGUCUUUGAAGGGCAGACGGCAGCGACUACUUGAUAAGGAGAACCUCUCUUGACGACAGUGCGGCCCAAGUGCGGCCGCACGCCGGAUGUAUGACUACAUAGAGUCCAUCUGUACUAUAUGGUCUUCGAGCAGCAAUCCGCGUAGCAGCAAUCAACUGAUCAGGGCAUUCAAGUUUUACAUACAC